AUGAGAACCAAUAACGGGGGAAGCGGUGAAUCACCGCUGUUUGGGAGCUUUGACAGUCCCUGCAGACACAGUACCGUAGAUUGGCAAGUGGUGGAAGGGAAGGACACCAGCAGGGAGGGAACAGUGCAAAACGCCGCUCAUGGAGGGGUAGCACCGAGGCAUCACCACGUAAGCUGGGAAGCAUGCCUUGCAUUGAAGAGCUGUGGGUGGGUGGAAAAUGCAGGAGGGUAUCCGGGAUCAUGGGAUGACGAUGGACAAGGGGGGUCAGCACCAAUCAGUUGGAUGGAUCGUCUCGAUCGGAAGUGCAGUACCCAAAGUCGGGGACAGUCUGGAAUGUUAGGCUUGCAUACGCGGAUGCGCCAGGGUGGAGAACAGGCAAAUGUGAGCAAGUCCCGGAAGAGUAAGUCAAUAAGUAAAAGUACAGGUGUACCCCAGAAUGGGAAUCCGGAGUACUUCUGGAAAUGUGCAGCUGAAGCUGAGUGGAAUGCGCAUGACCAGCUGAAAGGUACUCAGUACUUCCUACUUGACUUCCACCCGAAGCGAACUACUGCAGCCACCGGGGCCGGGGGGAGCUGCCCCGCUCACGAAAGCUACCGGAUUGGGAAGAGACGAUCCCCGUCCCAAAAGGGAAAAUUACUUCUCAUUAUUUACUCUGUCCCAAAACGGACGAUCGCUGGGGCGGUGGAGACCAUCCAAUCCAGCACGGCGGUUCGAUCAUUCAUCGGAGGCGGUCAGGUUCAAAGGAAACCCUCUUUAACAACCGAGGUCUGGGCGCAUCGGCAGCAGCAGCAGCAGCAGCAACCACAAGAUGAAGCCAUUCAAGACGGUCAAAUAAAUAGUGUGCUUGUGAUGGCUUGUGAUGGCUGGUGCCCGUCAUUGGGCCGUUCUGGACAUGGUAUUGGUGUGCUCGUGAUGAUACUGAACUCGUACUUUGUCUGGGAUGAUCAGUGUCAGUUUGAUGCCUUUCACACUGCAUCUUGUUCUUUGGCGCGACUGACUAGUUCCAGGGGUACAUAUGCAAAGAAGUCUAGAAUUGGAUCAUUCGUUCAGAUCCACCCCAACGAACCAAGUAGUACAAAGUACACUGUAUGA